CCCGUCGAGUUUUCGUCUCUCCAAGCUCUAGCGAGUAUUGAGUGUAGUUUAAUUUUUGUUGUUUGGAUUGAUUGAUUCGUUGAUGGCAGAGAUUUGUUGUGGAUUUGUUGGGGAGACGGAGUCUACUGCUGCGGUGGAGGCGACGUCGAAGAAGCACCGGAGGCUGGAACUCCUGCCGUUUAAGUUUGUUGCGGAUGUGGCGGUGCCGCUGCUAGAGACUGGUAGGAAAAAACGGAAGCUCGAUCUGUACUCUCCGUCUUCGUCGAUGCCGCGUGAUUGCAGUAACGCGGUGGAGAAUUCCAAUUGUUCAAAGGAAUUCGAUGAUGAAUUAGAGAGGAAUAAAGUUUUGAGUCUGAGUGGAGAUUCGAGCGAUGUCGAGGCGAAGGAUGAGGUUGCGCAGGAGUGCCCUAAGUUCGGCGUGACCUCUGUUUGUGGUAGACGGAGAGACAUGGAGGACGCAGUCUCAGUCCAUCCUUCAUUUAGGGAAGGUACCGGGACUUCACCGGGAUUCCACUUCUUUGGCGUUUUCGACGGCCACGGUGGCUCUAUUGUGGCGAUGAAGUGUAAGGAUCGGUUACAUCAGAUAGUGAAGGAAGAAUUGGACGCCUGUGGUGGUGAGCCAGUGGAGUGGAAGCACGCCAUGGAGCGAAGCUUUGCGUCUAUGGACGCUGAAGUGCAGCAGGGAUCCGUCAACGAUCCAAAGAAAUCCAACGGCCGGUGUGACCUUCAAACUCCAAAGUGCGAUGCUGUUGGAUCCACGGCCGUGGUGGCCGUUGUUACUCCGGACAAGAUCGUUGUCUCAAACUGUGGCGAUUCCAGAGCCGUGCUCUGCCGCAACGGUGUCGCGACGCCUCUCUCGUCGGACCACAAGCCUGAUAGACCAGACGAAUUGGCUCGAAUCGAAGCCGCCGGUGGCCGUGUAAUCUACUGGGACGGCGCCAGAGUCCUCGGAGUCCUUGCUAUGUCCAGGGCAAUUGGUGAUAAUUAUCUGAAACCGUACGUGAUACCAGAUCCGGAGGUGACCGUAACGGAGCGAACAGCGGAGGACGAGUGUCUGAUCCUUGCGAGUGAUGGUCUGUGGGACGUUGUCUCAAACGACACCGCGUGCGGAGUUGCGCGCAUGUGCCUUCGAUCACAAAAGCCUCCAUCUCCGCCUUGCUCCCCAGGCAGUGAUUCAGCCGUGGGAAGCAGCUCCGCCGGGAGCUCCGAUAAAGCCUGCUCCGAUGCGGCUAUCCUGCUGACGAAGCUGGCGUUGGCUAGGCAUAGCACGGACAACGUGAGCGUAGUCGUAAUUGAUUUGAGAAAACGUGGGGGUUCAUCUCCAUAAUAUGAACAAGUUUUUAAUAAGGAUUUUCAUUCCAUUGAAUUGCACAUCACAGAGGAGGAAAAUUCUCUCUGUAAAAUGCCUUUUUUUCCCUUGUUUUUUAAUUUCAGUUUUUAUGAAUGGAUUGGAUGUUAACAAAGCUGCAAAACAAUGGCAGCUGUAUGGAUAUAGAAAUAUAUGGUUAAACCGAGGAACUUUUUAGUUCUCUGUUAAAUUCA